UUGUGGAGCAGCUCGGCGGCGUUCAGGGCUGUUGUGGAAACCUCAGCGAGGUUUCGUGUUGAAGCGGCUGCGGCGUGACAUUGCAGAGCCUCUUUCUGCCCCCCCCCCCCCCCCUCCAUGUGUGUGGAUGAGAGGAUGGGUAGACGGAGGAGGACGGACCCCUGAGCCACAGUGAGAGAGCGUGCACACACACACGUCAGCUCGGGGAGGGUUUGCCUGUUUAAGAUGCAGCGAAUGUGACAGCAGCAGAGCCGAGAGUCCAGACUACAGCGGCGCGUGGACGGGAAAGGUGAGCGUGGUGGUUGGAGGGGGGGGGACCACAAAAAUGCCAGCGGAACCAGCUCACCCGCAGACGUGACGCCGACACACGGAGGGGAGAAAGGGGGACACGCGGAGACGCUCAGCUGGUUUCCAAAAUACGCGCAGGGGAGGGGGGUCAGAGAGGACUGAGGUGCGGGAAGCGUCGCCCUUGUCUGGGGGGGAAAGAUGACAGUGGUGCCCGGAGAGAACCUGGAUGAGACUGUGGCACUGGCCGCGCUGUCAGCCCAGGAUGUGUACGACCCGGAGAGAGUCGAGAACCAGGAGUGCUGCGAGCGGGUCGUCAUCAACAUCUCCGGGCUGCGCUUCGAGACGCAGCUGAAGACGCUCGCCCAGUUUCCCGCCACCCUGCUGGGGGACCCGCGCAAGAGGAUGCGCUUCUUCGACCCGCUGAGGAACGAGUACUUCUUCGACAGGAACAGACCCAGCUUCGAUGCCAUCCUCUACUACUACCAGUCCGGGGGGCGGCUCCGGAGACCCGUCAACGUGCCCGUGGACAUUUUCAUGGAGGAGAUUAAAUUCUACGAACUGGGGGAGGAGGUGAUAGAGAAUUUUAAGGAGGAUGAGGGGUUCAUUAAGGAGGAAGAGCGCCCGCUGCCUGACAACGAGUUCCAGCGGCAGGUCUGGCUCCUGUUCGAGUACCCGGAGAGUUCUGGACCCGCCAGGGGGAUCGCGAUAGUGUCCGUGCUCGUCAUCCUCAUCUCCAUUGUGAUCUUCUGCCUGGAGACUCUACCGGAGUUCCGGGAGGAGGCCCGGACGUUUGACGAGCAGCUCGGGGUGAACGGAACCGCGCGCGCCAAGAAGCCCAACCCGUUCACGGACCCGUUCUUCAUCGUGGAGACCCUCUGCAUCAUCUGGUUCUCCUUCGAGCUGCUGGUCCGGUUCCUCGCCUGCCCGAGCAAACCCGCCUUCUUCAAGAACAUCAUGAACACCAUCGACAUCGUGGCCAUCAUGCCGUACUUCAUCACGCUGGGGCUCGAACUCGCGGAGCACCAGGGCAACGGGCAGCAGGCCAUGUCGCUGGCCAUCCUCAGGGUCAUCCGCCUGGUCCGGGUCUUCCGGAUCUUCAAGCUCUCCAGGCACUCCAAGGGGCUCCAGAUCCUCGGGAAGACCCUGCAGGCCAGCAUGAGGGAGCUGGGACUGCUCAUCUUCUUCCUCUUCAUCGGGGUCAUCCUCUUCUCCAGCGCGGUGUACUUCGCGGAGACCGACGACCCGGAGUCGGGCUUCAGCAGCAUCCCGGACGCGUUCUGGUGGGCGGUGGUCUCCAUGACGACGGUGGGCUACGGGGACAUGUGUCCGGUCACCAUCGGCGGGAAGAUCGUGGGCUCGCUGUGCGCCAUCGCCGGUGUGCUCACCAUCGCGCUCCCGGUGCCGGUCAUCGUCUCCAACUUCAACUACUUCUACCACCGCGAGACGGAGCACGAGGAGCAGUUCCAGUACACGCACGUGACCUGCGGGCAGCAGCAGUCGCAGUUCGGUGAGUUCAAGAAGAGCGACAGCAAACCGUCUCUGUCCAAGUCCGACUACCUGGACAGCGAGGACGCGGACUCCAUCAAAUACACCAACUGCAGCCCGCACAAAGCGUACAGCGGGAAACUCACCGACGUUUGAUUCCCAAAUUACGCAGCAGUGCGCGCGCUGAGGGAACCUUUCAGUGCCAUCCACACAAACAACCCCGCGCUCCGGUUUGAGCUCCUUAUUUCUGCCAUCACAGGGAUUCAUUAACAGCGGGAGGAUUAUAACAGAGUUCACUUUAAUCAAACUGUCUUCCAUUACGCGCGUCGGGGACUCAGAAUCGAUCCUGUAUCCGGUUGUAGCACUUUAAUGUUCUUAGUAAUUUAUUACCACAAUAAUGCAGGUUGAAAGUUUACAUUCUUUUUUUCUGUUCACCAGAAGCAGAGACACAACACAGGACCAAUGUAGUCUAAAUUUACAGAGUGAUGCAGGAGGCACAUGGUGACACACACACACACACACACACACACACACACACACACACACACACACACACACACACACACCUGUUAUUUCACCCUCAUGUAUUUUCCAUUCAGGCUGGUUGGAGCUCAGUGGUGGAUCAGAUCAUGUGCAGCAGGCUGGAAGAAUCAAUUAUCCUAAAAUUAAACGACAGUGAUUCCAACCUCUGUUCUGUAACCAGCCGCCUGUGAGACAACAAUCAGGGCUCAGAGAGUUCUGGGUUUCACCUGCAGCUGUAAAAUAAAAAAGGCUCCAGGAGGUUAAACCCUCAGCAGCCUGCCUGGAAAGAUAUUAUAAAAUCAGCUGCAGCUUUUUUUUUUCUCCCCCAAACCGAGAGCGCCACCGUGUGGAUGAACCGCAGCGCUGCGUCUCCUCGGCGGAUGCAGUUUCUAUAGCAACCUUCCAGACUUUUCUGCAUUGUCUGCCACAGGAAGGGAAGGAUGCUGCUGAAGCUGAAGAGACGAGGCAAUCGGCGAGGCCAGAAAACCACCAUGUUGUGGAAGCCUCCAUGUUGUUUGAAUGUGACACAUCGAUUCAACCUUUAACAGGACAAUUGAUCCAACGUGACGUAUUUACAGCCAGAUGUUUCACCUGCUGUCCACACACCUCCGAGAGGAUCCAACCUGAGCUGCAACCAACCUUUAUUCACAUUGUUUCAUAUUUUAGGAUUAAAAUGUGGUUGAAAUAGUUCCCAGAGCCCAAACUGAGGUUGUGAAAUUGUCUAUAUUUGUAGGCAGAAAACCACAAAAGAGAUUCGAUAUGAUUUGAUCUUUAUAAUAGAAAAAUAUAAUAUUUUGGAUGUUCUAGAGCUCGACUGACACUGACGUCUGAGGCUGAUUUAUAGUAGAGGGGAAAAAAGCCAAAAACAUCCCUCCUGAUAUUAUAUAUUAUGUCCUAAAACAGGAUAUUUUAGCAUUAACAAGCAAAACUGACAAUAACAACAAACCUGGAAUUAACUCAUAUUAUAUAAACAAAACACAAUGUGUUUAAAAAAGAUUAAUAUGUAAAAAAAUAUGUAAGAAUUUGGCCAAAAACAAAUUUUUUUCUGCCACUUUUUGUUGCAUAUCAGCCAAGUAUGGAAGCACAAAAAGACCAAAAUUGGAAAAUGGCAUUUAAAUUGAAUAAAAAACCAACAACAAUGAAAUAUUGAAAUUUUAAAACCAUUUCUAGUUGUUGUGUUUUUUAGGUUUCACAGAUUCAGAUAAGAAAUUUAAUCCAUGUGUUGAUGUAGAAUAUUUAAUAUGGUUGAAAGCUCCAACAGCUGCUAGAUGAGAUUCAGAACUCUUUUAAAUGGAAAAAGUCACAUGAUCCAAGAAAGAAAAGUUUAGGAGCGACCCUGAAACACUUUAAUUUAAAAUUUUAAAUAUGUAAUUCAAACCUCAUAAACUCAGAUUUGUUUUUUCAAAAUAAAAUAUUGUGGUUUUUAAAGUUACUUGUAUAAUUAAAAUAAUUUUGGCACUUUUUUUGCUUCCAUAUGAAAUGUUACUUCUGUGAUAUCAGCUCACAGUAUAAUAAUAAUAAUAAUAAUUAAAAAAAUAAGAAUGAUAAAAUGAAUCAGCCUGCUGAUGUAUCAGUCGAGUUCUGACGUUUUAACUUGAAAAACUACUUAAAAAUGCAACACAACAAACACAAGAAUGUCCCCGAUUAUUCUCAUUCAAUCAAUAUUUUAUAUUUCAAUAUUUCAAUAUUUCCUGAUAUUUGGAAACAAACUGAUCAGUCCUUGUCAGACGAAUAGAACGAACAGGUCUCCUGCUGUAUUUUAAGGUUUCCAUAAUUAGCAUUUAGCCAUUAUAGCACCUUACUCAUCUGGACUCCAGGGACGAAUCUUUCCACCAAACCUAAUGGAAAAAACGGGGAAUUUAACAGACUGAGGGAAUAAAAACGGUCCCAGCAGACGUUCUCGCAGUGAAGUUCACCGUGCUGUUGGUUGGAUUAUCAGCUGAUUGAUCGAUGGAUGGAGGCCUGAUGGAGUUUAACUGCUGAAUCAUCAACACAGACGGACGGAUGGACGGAUAAAUGGACGUAUGGACGACUCUUCAACUCAGACGACCAUUGGAUUAAUAACAGCGGAGGGCCGGUCGCACAGAGAGGGGAAGAACGAUGAGCGACUCCUCCACCUUCCUCGUCAAACCAAAAGAGUACGACAUCCCCGCUUCCCACGACCCUCCUCCUCCUCCUCCUCUUUCUUCUUCCUCCGACGAAGGUGAAAUAAAACACACUCUGGAUUAAAAACACUGACACUCAUAGGAAACUCGGAGCUAUGAGACGCCUUUCCAUUACAAGAGGACAUCCCGACUGAUUUUUUGCACAGAGCGAAGCUACAGUGGGACUCUGAGGUACGACAAACGUUACUUGAAUCAUCCGUAUAUUUACAACAUGUCUGCUGGCUAACGGAGUCCUCCAUAUAUUCAACGAAUAGAUGUUUUUUGGGGAGAUUGCUCCUCUAGCUGUAGAGAAAAAAAAAAAGAACUUGUAAGUCCUGUCUGUACGUUGCAUAUCAUAUUCAAACCAAAUCAUAUUAUUGCAUGCUUGGAAAAGUAGAGCAUGUAAACAGAAGAAGUUUGACUUUUGUGUUGACGGCUCAACCCAGCACCGCUAAUCUGUAAUAUGGGAACAACAACAACAACAGCUCAUCGAUAUCACGUUUAUUGAAAUAAUUCUGUUCGACCGGUGGAGUUAGUUGCUAAAUCUCUAUUUUUUAAAGUAUCAUACUGUAUAUGUUUUAUAUGGAGAGGAAUUGGUGAAUUAUUUUGUAGAUUUUUAACAUUUUUGCUAAUGUGUUUUAAUUUUUUCAUUUCUUUUUUAUUAUUAUUAUUAUUAUUAUUAUUAUUAUUAUUAUUAUUUUUGCCUUUGUAAAAACAAAAGCAGCUCCAGUAGGCAGCUCUGAUGAAAAUGUCUGCCUGCCAAAAACACUUUAAAAAAAGAAGAAGAUGAAACUGCCCAUAAUAAGAAGAAUGUUUGUGUGGAAAAGUAAAAACAAAAAGACAGUUGAAAUGCAUUUAACGCAGACAUUUGUACGGAAGCUCUUUUCCACUAAUGUGACAGGAAGAAAAACAACAUUCUGUAAUUAAUUAUAAUGAGAAACCUUCUCAGUGUUUUCGUUUAGUAUCACAGUUGAUAUUUUGAGAUACUAAAUUAAAUUAUUGAGAAAGUUUCCCAUUAUAAUGAUUUACAGAAUCCUUUUCCCCCCGUCACUUUGGCAGAAAUGGGCUUCCAUACAUUUUGUCAUCUGAUUUUCUUUUGAAUAAUUUUGAAUGUUUCUGAUUGUGUUUUUGGGUUUUGAUCAAAAUGCUGUAUAUCUGUUAUAUCAAUGACAUCUACCUCAGUGUCCGCUCAUUAACGACAGAAGCUUUAACACCUGAACGACGUUGGGAGUCCCUCGUUUAUCUGACAUCAGACCAGUUUUUAAACGCAAUUAAAUAAACCCAAACACUCUAUAAACUGCCAUUUAAUAACUUAGAAAAGUCUAAAAACUGUUUAAGAACCUAGAGGAAAUGUAAACCUACAAAACCAUAUUAACAACGGAUAAAAUAUACAGUAUAUGAAGCCAAUAUUGGCCUUUUUAAUAUCAGAUGUCAUCCAGCCUGAUUAUAGCAAACAGCUUAGAGACAUCACGAUUUUCUUUGCACAUUUUAAUUUAUUUGUGAAAUUGUUUGUGUGACUGUUUUUUUUUAAUUAAAUGUUGAUUUAAGGGCAAUAACGUGCUGCAGAGGUUUUCUACCAUUGAAUAAAUGGAGCCUGUCUUAAAAACUGCUAAACCUAAAAACAAUAUAUUCGUUUGAGGUUUUAAUGGAAAAGGAAUUUUACGUCAGCCGAAGGUCUAAAAUGUUUUUUUUUCCACCGCGACAAAGAUUCAGUACCAGGAAGUACAUUUCAGCCACAACAUUGGUGACAUUUAUGGGAAAUCCGGCUUUGUUUUUCUCCCAGACUCAGAUAUCAGUUUAACCUCCAGUACAGCGACAGGUCCAGGAUGUGUUUAGCCUAGCUUAGCACAAAGACUGUAAGCGGGGGGAAACUCCUAGCCUAGCACUUCCAACCACCUCAAAGCUGCCUGGUUUGUAUCGUUUUUAGCGCUGGAGCUAUUUGGCGAUAAACGGCAAACUGGAAGCGGGGGAAACUGCUAACUCAAAUAGCCACAAAAGCUAGCAUGACCAGGUUAUGACGAACAGGUGUAAAGAUAAAAAUCUGAAAGCAAAAUAUUGUGUUUCAGAAGUAGUUAGCAUUGGAGCUACUUACUGACCAACAACUGCUGGCAUUUAAAAAAAAGCCCUCAGGGUUUGGGUAGCUAGUUGAAGCUUAUUAUUACUACAUGUUGUAGGUAUAAGAAUCAGUUUUACCUUUGAUAGAGCUAAGCUAACAGUUUCCCCCUGCUUCCAGUGUUUGUGCUAAGCUAAACACGUCCUGGACUUGUCACCGUAAUGGAAAUGAUUGAAUAUCCUUUUUCUCUUCUGACUCUGGGGAAGAUGACAAACAAAAAAUAUUUCCCAAAAUGCUGAACUUAUCAUCAUCAUCAUCAUCAUCAUCAUCGUCAUCAUCAUAACACAUUGCUACAAAACUUGCAUCCAUCAACGCUAGCAUCAACUGCAGUUUGGUCUUAUUGUAAUUCUGCUUUGCUUGGACAUAAAAAACAGCCUCGGGUGACUUCUGUUUGACGGCGGCAGUGAUGAGCUGUGACUAGACAUCAGUUAUGAUGAUUAAUGUAUUCUGCAUACUGUAUGUGCAACAAUAAGAAUACAGUAUUUCCCCUGCGAGUGCAGCAUCGUCCUCAUCGCCAAACUUUCACAUAUUUAACCAUCACUUGAUAUUCACGACAUGUAACAUUUUCAUGCUUCAUUAUCAGCUGCAGAGGUCAGUUCGGGCGGCAGAGGUCAGUUCGGGCUGCAGAGGUCAGUUCGGGCUGCAGAGUUCAGUUCUGGCUGCAGAGGUCAGUUCAGUCACCAAAUUGUUUAAUUUUCAUGCAAAAAUAAGAAAAAGCAAUAGAGUGAGUGAAUAUUGUGCUCUGGGAACUUUGGUGUGAAAGCAAAAUGCCUUUUGAUUUUUCCUUCUUUCUGUUUUUUAUUUCCAGUUUUUUUUGUCAUGUUUACUUUGACAACCUUCAAUUGUGAUCUAUUUUUGAUAAAAUAAAUCUUUAAUCAUUAUCAGCUUCAAUCUUCAUGUGUUUCAGACGACUGCACAUGCAGACGUGUCAUUUCUGUUCCGUGUUGGCACAUUCAAACAGUUCAUCAAACAUCUGUCACAUCUGUAUCACCGUCGUCCGUCCUGAGGCCCUUCGGUUGGUGGAGAGGACGAGGCCGAACUUUAAAGUCCAACUGAAAUUAGGACGUCAUUUAUGUCUGAUCUGUAAAUCACUGUGAUUAAUUUAUAAUUCACGGUUUCAUGAUGGCGCCCCCUACUGUUACAUCCAUCUACAUAGAGGGAGGCCAUCUUUUGUUACAGCCAAUCUGAUCUUACGUAAAGGUCAGUGUUGUGUCGGGGGCAGACAGACUCUAAACAACACAUGAAACGUUUCCUGCACUUUAACUUGUUCAAUCAAACGACACCAGGGAAAAGCGCACUGCUAAUGACAGUUAUCAGGCUCAGUUGCUAAUUAGCUUCUCAGCUAAUUAAGCACAUUAAGCAAAACAUAAACGUACCUGCUAAUGUCACUGAAGAAUUAGUUGCGGUUCUUACUCUUCACUAACACGCUGUCUGCUCAUGACAUUCAGUGCAACAACUCUCCGAUUUAAUAAUAAAAAAUCUAUUAUAACUAUUAUACUUUUACAUUAUAUGAACCAUAAACAUACAUUUAAAAACAUACGGUUAUUUCUGAUUACAGAGAGGGAUGAGUGGAUGUGAUUUCAGUUGGCCUUUAAAGUUCAGCCUCCAGAGGGAGAGCAGUGUGUCGUCAGUGGCUUUAAUAUAUAACAUACAACCAAAAGAGACUUCAUCACUCUCAUUUCAUCAGUGGGUAUUGACAUCAGACGCUUAUUGUAUACUGAAGAUACCAGUCAGUGUUGUUUCAAGGGAAAAUGGAAAAUACAUUUUAUUUUAGCCAAAUCUGCUUGUUUCUCUAUAGAGUUCAGUUACCUCUAAUAUAUAUGAUCUUUUUAGGGUUCCCCCAACCCGGUUAUUCCCCACUGAUUAUCUGAAUACAUAAUUCUGUAUCCACUAUAUCCAUCCAUAUUGCUCAUAUUUUGAUUUACAUAAGACAUUUGUAACCAUAGAAGCUUUUAAAUGCUAGAAAUAAUUAAAUCUUUGUUGUCUCCCAGUUUUGAAGCCAAACUACAGCCUUGAUAACUGUUCUUUAACAUGCAAACCAUUAACAGCGUUGACGUCUUCAGGGGUGAAGAGUUCGGAAGUCGUGAUGUGAAAAUACUUCGUAGGUUAAAUCGAAUAUUUAACUGCAGACAGAAAACCAGCAGAGGUCAGUUAGAAAACAUGCAGUAACCACAGUUAUUCAUCGAUAAGCAAUAAUGCAUGUAAAGUACAAUAUCAUCAGCAAAGGUGGGUUCUCUGGUUGUUUGUAUCCGUGCAUAAAAAGUUAACAGUGCCUUAAUCAUAACCUGAUUGAGUUAAUAACCCUGUCAAAUGCAUCUGAAGUACCACAGAAGAAGAAAGUGUGUGUGUGUUAGCACUGUAGGGACGCAAUCGACCGGUUGCACAUAGAAAUAAUGUAAAUUAAUGUAUUGAAUGUACAGUAAGUUGUCUUCCUGGUUGCUGUUAUGAGAGGAAACAAAUGUGAAGAAGUGAAAAGAAAAAUCUCCGCUAUGGAAGCUCAAAGUGGACAAGACUAUUCAUAUUUUUAGGCCUGUUAUCUUGUAAAGUCAGUCAUUGUCACAUCCUACGGAAGACCUGAAAAUCACUAAAAACCUUAUUGAGAGCCAGUGUUCAUUAAUUAAAUAUACAUUUUCAGGUGUUUGGGGAAUCUGUAAUGUCCAGAUAUAUAUGUUUGAGGUUCUUUUGCAUGAUUAUCUAAACAUUUUAAUUUUGGCACCAAAAAACAUGAUUUGGUUUCCUAAAAAAAACGCCAAAAUAAUGUUUUCUUGUAAAUUAAGUUGUGGUAUUAGGAUUAUAGCCCUAAAAAAAUAUUCGAAACCAUGUCCACUUUGUGCUUCCUUAGAUUCAUUUUCUGUUUUCGAAUAAUGACAUUCCUCAUAUGUCUCACUUUAGUUUUUCUUUGGCAGCUCAUGAAACUUUAUCACGUUUUCAUACAAUCUGUUGUUUUUAUUUUUACAUUUGUAUUAUUUUGGUCUGGAUGCUGAGUAAUGGCCAAACAUUAUUGUUAAUUUUAUCUAAAAUGAAGAGAAAGUGAAUUAAAAUGAAUGUGAACAUAACAUUUUGCCUGCAAUUAAACUGAGUUUAUAUAUUUAUUCUGUGUUUAAAAUGAGCUGACGAUAAAGUCAUAAAGUUUAGGGGAAAUAUUUUAAUAAUUAACCCCAAAAGAGAAGAAAAGAAAUAAUGAAAUGAUACAAAAUCUAACAUAAAUUUAAAGAAAUGGGACUUAAAUAACCUAAAUCAUAAUAUUUAGUUUUCAUACGACCAUAACUGUACCCUUUUUACAGUACUGCUAAAAAAUGAUGCAUUAUGUUUAAAAAAUGACGUAAAAAUUGAAGCAUUCUGACGUCUGAAUGACUUCUUGGGCUGAUGUGAAAGGCUGUUGUUUUAAUUAUUAAAUUAAAAAUGUGAUAAAUUCCCAUCAGAAAAUGUCAGAAAAUUAUUUAUUCUAAUUAAUAUUUAGUUUGAUUGACAAUAUAAAAUUCAUGUUAAAUCGAAAAUAAUACUUUCCUUUUUUAUAAUGCUGUUAAAAUUAAACAGAGAGAAACAAGACUGAGAGAAAAAUACUAAAAAACAACAAUCAUCGAUCCUUACCGGCAUGAGUGUAACACAAGCAGUGUGUCUCUAUGUGUUUGAGGUCGGUCCUGUAUUCAUUCACUGAACUGUGUGUUCGUCUCAUGGUGUUUUCCCGCUUCUGCUAACAGCUGAUUCAACAGUGACAAAAAUAACUGUCUGCAAAACCUCAACUUGUGUCUUCAGUGUGUAAAAUCUCAAAUAAUAUUUUAUUUUUGUUAACUUGAGUGUCUGUGUGUUUCACUGUAUGGCAGGUAUAAAGUUAAAUAACAUUAAAAAAAAAGAGAACAAGUCUUUCAUAAUGUAAUAUAUGUAUGGCUUGGGAUCGUACAUAAUGUAUAUGCACAACAGAGUCAUUCUGAAUACUAGUUGUGACUAAGUUUAAUGUGGCCUUUUCUUUCUCUUUAAUGUACUGCAAUGUUGUAAAUGAUUUGUAUAAUAUGAUAUAAUGUAUAUUAAAGUUAACAAGGCUUUAUGUUUCUACCACCUAUGUUUAAUAAAUAAAUGAACUGUGCUCAACUGUAUAA